AUGGCUUCAAACAAAGACUCAGAGAGAAACUCCAAGGACGAGCAACCAGGAGGGCCAUCAGCCUCGUCCUCUGCUGGCGCAACUUCCGGAGGAGAAGAACGUGAUAGCCAAGUCACUUUUCAGCUGGAUAACGGAACUACUGCAGUUGAAACAACAAGUAAUCAUACAUCCAAACUUCACGCACUUAUCAUCGGUAUCAACGAUUAUCCCAACCUUUCCAAGCUCAAAGGGGCAGUGGCAGAUGCUGAUGCAUUUGCGGAAUUCCUGCAGUCCGAUCUCAAGGUCCCAGCACAGCAAAUCGUUAAUCUCCGCGAUAACGCCGCGACUCGACAGGCCAUUAUAGAUUCCAUCAUGCAACUUUGGAGCAACCCACACAUAAACUACGGGGACCCGAUUUUGAUAUAUUAUGCUGGCCAUGGUGGUGCAAGGAGAGCAACAGAACAGUGGAAGAACGAAAAGGAAUGUUCCUCGGAGCCGAUUCUGUGCAUCCCGACCGGACAAUCGCUGGCUGCUGAACGAGCUUUCAAUCAGAAAGGAGACAACAUCACUGUGAUCUUCGACUCGUGCCAUUCUGCAUCCGGGGGUCCUGGACAGGCGAAAGAGAUCCGCCGAGGUCAAGCAGAUAUUCCUUGGGACAUCGACAGCGAUAUCAUCGAUCCCAAGCUCGGCAUAGUCCCACCACCCAAGAAGGACGACAAGCGCCAUACUAAUCUCCCAUUGUGUGCUGACCAGACAUCGCAUGUGCACCUCGCAGCUUGCGGUUCGGAAGAAAAGGCUUAUGAAGAAGAUGGAAGAGGUGUGUUUACCGUGGCGCUACUGAAGAGUAUACGAGCACAUGGGGUGGACAAGCUCACGUACCACAAUCUGGUAAAAUCGCUGCCGAGCUUUUCCAGGCAAGUCAUUCAAUCGCCCCAUUGCUACGGCAAGCACAAAGACCGUGUACUGUUCGACUCGAGUGUUCCGUCGCGCAAGCACAUUCUCAUACCUGUGAAGCUUGAUGCGGACAGUGACGAUAUACUACUAGAAGCUGGUGCCGCCUCUGGCGUUACCACAAAAUCUGUAUGGGAGAUAUACGACUCGAUCUCGGCAGAAGUGCCUCUCGGUAGAUUCCAGGCAGAGCCCCCUCGAGUGUGGACCACUGUACUACGACCCACAGUGGCAGACGGUGACAAGUUAUGUCGAGAGCACAUGGAUAAAACCGUAUCCGGAGGCGAUACUGGGGCUCGUGCAUAUGCCAGGCAAGUCAGGACCGGGGUGGUAGAUGAGCUUCGAGUCUACUUUACUCCUGCAGCCAAGCAGCGUAUCUUUCCUCCCGACGAAAGCAAUCAGACAACGUCCUACUCGGUUGGAUCUGGGUUGCAUGAUGUGGGAUAUGUGGCUCACCCGGCAGAGGACAGCGCGGACCUAGUUGUCGACCUCAACCCCGAGUUUGAUCGGGUGUUGUUCCGACUGUGCGACCGCCAUGCUGAGAGCUAUAAGGUUGCGACGCUCGAGAAGUGGGUACGUGUAGAGAGGACGGCUGUCGAGGAGGUACUAUUUGCGGCAGCCAAGUGGAAGUGGCACCUGCAACGCAAGAACACGGAUUCCGGCGACACAACCGACCUGGUGACAAUGGAAAUGGUCACUAUGGGCGAACGCCAAGGCAGAGAGAGAAAGGUACUUGUGGAGGACCAACGAAAGAGUAUCAACGAAGAUGGAAUAGUUGAAUUCGACGUGAGAAAACAAGACCUGUAUGGGAUCAAGCUGACUAGUCAAGUCGAGCAACCCCUGCAUAUUCGAAUGUUCUACUUCGACACCACCGAUUUCUCAAUAUCCGAUAUGUUCGGACAUGCGGUUGGUAAAGACGCAAUGGUAGGCGCCAAAGGAACGUUUACAAUAGGAGAUAACGCCAAAGGUGGCGCCCCCCUGCAAUUCACGCUUAACCCUGAUGAAAAGCUGGAUUUGGGGUAUAUGAAGGUGUUCUGGUCGACGAAGCCACUGGAGAUACAUGGCAUUGGACAGAGGCCAGUGUUUAACAGGAAGUCACGCCAAUGGAGUCGGUUAAGGGGGUGUGGACAUGAUUUAGAUGAUGACAUAGAAUGGGGGACGGCGUUCUUGACACUAGUACAGCACUCAGCAGACGCAAAGAAUUGA